AUGGUCGCCCUUUUCGCUCUUCUCCCUUUUGUUGGCUUGCUCGCUUCCGCCUCUCCUCUCAUUCAGCGAGCCGAUAACUCUACCACCAUUGGCCAGAGAAUCCACUGUAAGCCACAUCAUUCUGUCAACGCGGACGAGUGGUGUGUAACUGCCGGAAACGGUAAUGCCGCCAAGCGUGCUCCUAUCAACAUUGCUUAUUGCUUCGACGACUGUUCCGACUGGGUCGAGGAGCAGCUCUGGACCGCACCUGAAGUCGGUACCCCUGGCAGCAUUGCCCUCCACAGCGACCUAGGCACCGCAUUGUGCCUCACUGCUCUCGGUCCUCAUGUCCGAGCUGAGUUGUCUGUUGACACUUGUGACAAGGACCAGCAAACUUGGACUCUUACCUCUAGUGACCAAAUCGUCCUUGAGGGCACUGAUCUUUGUCUCGAUGUGGAUGUCGCAUCCAACCAGACCAACCAGAAUCCCUACGUGAUUCUGAAGGAUCUCCAGGUUUCGGACUGUGCUGAGGACAGCGACAGCCAGAAGUUUACUCUCAUCUGA